AUGCCCGCAAUGCUCACGUUGGCGCCGCUGGCCGCUGGGAUGCCGUCCAUUUCGGUGGCGGUCACAGCGGCGGCGGCGUUGGGGGUGGCGGCGGCGACGGCGGUGGCCACAGCAACGGAGGCGGCUUCACCGACGGUGGAGGCGUUGGGGGUGGCGGCGGCGACGGCGGUGGCCACAGCAACGGAGGCGGCUUCACCGACGGUGGAGGCGUUGGGGGUGGCGGCGGCGACGGCGGUGGCCACAGCAACGGAGGCGGCUUCACCGACGGUGGAGGCGUUGGGGGUGGCGGCGGCGACGGCGGUGGCCACAGCAACGGAGGCGGCUUCACCGACGGUGGAGGCGUUGGGGGUGGCGGCGGCGACGGCGGUGGUNUCGUUCAUGCCCACAGUGCUCACGUUGGCGCCGCUGGCCGCUGGGGUGCCGUCCAUUUCGGUGGCGGUCACGGCGGCGGCGGCGGUGGCGGCGGCGACGGCGGUGGCCACUGCAACGGAGGCGGCUUCACCGACGGUGGAGGCGUUGGGGGUGGCGGCGGUGACGGCGGCGGUGGUGUCAGGGACGGCGGUGGCGGUGUCGGGGACGGCUGCGGCAACUGGCGUAGCGGCGGUGACGGCGGCGGUGGAAGCGGUGGUGGUGACGGUGGUCGCGGCUCGGCGUUGGCUCUCAUGCGCCCAGGCAUGCCGCUCGCAAUGGAUAUUAACGAUCUCCACGUUGCUCUCGGCCAUGCGCAUGACGACCUUAUUCGCGAGACGGCGCGUUUUUGCAUUGGUUGGGAGAUCGUACGGCAUAUCAAGUAGGGGGGCUGUUUGUGGUACUUCGGAUAUGUGUCCGAUCUACAUGCGCUGUAUGCGCCUGAUGGGGGGGUGCGUGAAUGGGUAUGAAGUGUAUGGGGGGUAG